AUGCUCAAGCCUGGCGAGACGGCGGACUCGGAGGAGAUCCGUGAGUUCUGCCGCGGCAAGAUCGCCCACUUCAAGAUUCCCCGGUACGUGAAGGUCACCACGGAGUUCCCGAUGACGGUCACUGGCAAAAUCCAGAAGUUCCGGAUGCGAGAGAUGGCCAUUGAGGAACUGGGCCUGGAGGUCGCCAGCCAGAUCGAGACCGCGUAA